UAAAAAUAUUCAAAAUCUACAGUGGCUCAUAAAACUCCUUACAUCUUACUCUAACCGCAAGCGCGGCACUGGCAGCCCCAACCUGUUAUGUUGACAAGAAUGUCUGACGUCUGUCAUCGUCUAAUUCCUGACAAAGUCCACCACGUCCAAUUGGCCAGCAAGAUAGGAGUGAGAAUUACGAUUGAUUUCGGCUGAUAAUCAAAAUAUACCUCGGGAAAGGUGGCAACUUUCAUGCUAUCGUGCGUCGUCGAAUCAGUGCGAAUUUCGUGCGCAACUGGCGAUCAGUUCGUCCGCAGAAGUGCUUUACGUUCAGAGACGGGCGCGCAUUUUAGACCUUCAAUUUGUGACUCAUUCGCCUCAGCGAGAAAUAAUUGUUAAUAACAAAUCGGGAGUAUCGCAGGGUGCAAUCGGUCCUAGUGCGUCUAAGUGGUGAGAGUUACUGCGCGGUAAAAUGCUGUGAAAAGUGCGUGUCCAUUCCGCAGCCAGGAAUCCCUCGCUGGAGUGGAAUGACCGCGAAUAUUUUGCGUAGAGACGAGGCCGGUGGGAACGUAAUAUCCUAAUUUUCAGAGGCAAUAGAUAGCCAGCCACCUGCGUCUCACGUGAACACUAUUAUGUGAAGAUUAUGCGACAAUGCCGCCGUCAAAGAAGUGUUGUAUGGUCUGCGGCGACAAGGCGCUUGGCUACAACUUCAAUGCCAUCACCUGCGAGAGCUGCAAAGCAUUCUUUCGGCGGAACGCCCUGCUCAGCAAAGAGUUCACCUGUCCGUUCAGCCAGAAUUGCGAGAUAACAGUGAUAACGCGUCGAUUUUGUCAACGUUGUCGAUUGGAAAAAUGUUUUCGUAUUGGAAUGAAGAAGGAACACAUCAUGUCCGAGGAGGACAAGAUCCAGAAGCGGAAGAAGAUUGAAAUGAACCGCGCCAAACGCAAGAUGCUGGAGAAGCGUGACACCGACCCCGCUUUCCACAUGUUGUCGAAGAUCAAGCGGGAGGAAGGUUCGGAAGUGGAGGAGUGGCUGGACCGGGACAAAGCUAUGUCGCCGAGCGAAUACAGCAACUCGAGCAUGUCAAGUAGCAGCCGAUUCGACAAGCCGGAAGAGUCCAACUUCGCGUCGCCCGUUGCCGUGACUUCAACAUCGGAAGGCACGCCGUUGCCCUCACGCGACUCAUCCGCGGAAGUUCUCGUCGAUAGCAUCGUGGCGUCGCCCGAAACUGCAGGUCGCGUCAUCGGUCACUUGAUGCGAACACCGAAAGACGCGGUGGAGGUAAUGACCAAAAUCAUCAGCUCGCCGACGGAGGCAAUGAAGCUCAUAAGCCAUCUUAUCAGCUACCCGGGCGAUGCCUUGAAAAUAAUCAGCAAAAUCAUGAACUCACCGUUCGAUGCCCUCACCGUGUUCACGAAAUUCAUGAGUUCGCCUACGGAUGCGCUGGAAAUAAUCUCGAAAAUCGCCAACUCUCCGGGCGACGUGCUCCAGUUUAUGCAGCAGCUAAUGAGCUCGCCUGAGGACGCGCUCGAUAUCAUGAACAAGUUCAUGAAUUCUCCCGCGGAAGCUUUGCGAAUGAUCAACAAAAUGGUCAAUUACAAAGUCGAUUCGACGACGGAGACGUGUGAGUCAAAUCGGCAAGCGUUCGCAAACACCAGUGGCUACACGAUGAUCAACUCAGUGCUGAACAGUGUGCAGAGUCCAUCCUCCACGGCGACACUCUCACCUGAUAACGCCGCCACACCGGCAGGACCGAGUCGUGCCGUGCAUGAAGCCACAAUCCAAUCGCCAAGCAAUAUUUACUCCGAGCCGAGUGAGACCAAGACAACCAGUCAAGUACAAACAGAAGCAACAGAUGAGGCUGUAGCGGGUAGUUCGACGAGCGGGCCGGGCAUGGUCUAUGGCCAGGCCGGCUGCAGCAAGGAGGAGGGGACCAAGAACAUUUUGGAAGACGUUGAGAACAGACCAAUUCAACCGAACUCGAUCGAGUCGGCGCUAUGCGAAGCAAUAAAGCUUGAAUAUGAAACGUUCAGUUCAAUACCGCAGAAUUAUACAGAGAAUCGGGAGCUGAAUGACACCGAACAGACGAAACUGAGUGAGUUGAUUGUUGCGAGUCGGGCGCUCUACUAUCCACUGGACGAUGAUAUGGCGAGUAUGGCCAAUGAGGAAGUAAAGGUAAAGAGCGAUAACAACUCUCAGAGCCCCGAAUUGCUUAAACUGAUCAAUUUAACGGCGAUUGCAAUUCGACGCCUAAUUAAGAUGUCGAAGAAAAUUAGCGCUUUUCGCAAUAUGUGCCAAGAAGAUCAGAUUGCGCUGCUGAAGGGAGGCUGCACGGAGAUGAUGAUAAUGCGAUCUGUGAUGUCGUACGAUUGUGCGAAGGCUUCUUGGAAGAUUCCGCACAGCCAAGAAGACAUGUCGAAUAUCAAAGCUGAUAUUUUGAAGCUGGCAAAGAACAACAUCUACGAGGAACACGAUCGAUUCAAUCGUUCGUUCGAUCCCAAGUGGCGCUCGGAUGAAAAUAUCAUUUUAUUGAUGUGCGCAAUUUUACUAUUUUCCCCGAAUCGGCCGCGUGUUAUUCAUUCGGAUGUGAUCAAGCUAGAGCAGAACUCCUACUACUACCUUCUGAGAAGGUAUCUGGAGAGCGUCUAUCCCGGAUGUGAGGCGAAAUCAACGUUCAUCAAAUUAAUACAGAAGAUCAAUGAAGUUCAAAGGUUAAACGAGAUAGUUAUUGGUGUCUAUCUCAAUGUCAGCCCAUCACAAGUGGAGCCGCUGCUCAGAGAAUUGUUCGAUCUGAAGAACCAUUAGAUGGGGAGAAACUGGAGCAUUUUCGUACGUUAGCAUUAAUGAUUAGCUGUUUCCAACACUGAAGACCUUUCCUUGUUGAUUUCACACUAGUUCAAUUGUUUCAGUAAUUCACCACUCACGAGCAAGACAUGGAACUUGUAUUUUUAGCUAAUACGCUUUGAUGUGUCCACGGACAUGAUUUGUAUGUAAGAAUCAAAGCAUUUAGGGAGAACUAUUUAAGUAGCAAAUUAGUGAUAACUUAGAUACUAGACUAAACAGUAACAAAAAAAGGCGACGAACCUGUAAACCAAAAGUAGAAAAACACUUUGUGAUCUAUGAAACGAAUGAAGAGCAAACAAGUGACUGGUGGAGCUACGGAUGGAGUUUAUAACAAAAGUAUGAAUGUAAUGAAUCAAGCUUUAAUAUAAUAAGACAACAGAGAUAAUAUUUUAAUAUACAGUUCCCUUUAAGUAGUCGUUAGUUCUGAAGAGAUAAUAUUUUUAAAAAUAUUUUUAACGUUACAAAUAAAACACUUUUCAAUGUUGUGU